AUGGCGACUGCGAGCAACUUGUCGUCGCCAGUCCUGGGCCCGACCAGCAAACUGCAGCCGAAUGGCCAGUUGGGCGAGACGGGCCUGGACAAGGGGCUCAGGGAGGAGGAGCUCCAGCGACAUUUCUCGGUGUGGAGCGUGUCCACCCGAAGCACUGGCAGCAGCAGCGAUGAUCUCAAUAAGAUCGAGAGUGACGACGAGAAGCGUCAUUCCUCGACAGAAGACGGCCUGGGACUCACUGGGGAUGUGGUUCCAAACUGUCAGCUUAGUUCGUCUGCUGCGAAGCGCCAAGCUGUCUUGGGUAAUGGUUCAGAGUGGAAGAUUCUGGUACCCUGGUUGCGAGCAGGUGCGUUUGAUUCGGAUGACUUCUACGAGGCUGGAUGCUGA